AUGAAUAGUCUAAUUGAAAGUUUGUGCGUCACAGCUGUUAUUAAUCCAAAAACAGGUGGGAUGAUUGUAAGAGAAGAGGAUCAAUUUAUACUGUGUGAGGUUCUGAAAUGUGACGGAACCGAAACGAUGCAGUAUAUGUCGCCUGCUGAAGUCACGCAAGUUGUCGAUCUCAUGACUAAUCAUCAACCAUCAUUCCAAGAGGAGGAAUAUGUGAUCAAUGAUGAUGAUGAUGACGAUGUUGAUGAUGAAGAGAAUGAAGAAAUCGAAAAUCCAAUAUUCCAAGACGAUAACUGUAUCGAGAAACAAAUCAAUGAAGAAUAUGAUGACGAUCAUGAAAAAGAUCAAGAAAUUGAAAAUUCAAAAUCGGAACUACUUCAACAACAUCGAUCUUCUAAUACAUUGGCUUUUCUAGAUCCGCGAAAUAAAAAUGUCUUCUAUUCAAUGCCGCGUAAGUGCAAUACUCUGUAA